CCAUGUUAUCGCAAGCUUCGAGCAAAAAAAGUUCGAGUGAUCCUAGGUAAUUCUUGUACAUCUCGUUUCUUCUAAAUUGCCCAUAACGCCCGAGUCAAGCAUGGGUAGAAGCAAACUGAAGACUGCUCUCAAAGCAGAAAAGGGAAUUGAUAUCAAGAAGUUGAAGGAGAAGAGGAGGCUAAAGGAACGAGCCAAACUCAAGACAAAGCGAACUGGUUCCCGCGGCGGGGCAAACAAGAUCCCCGAGGACGACCAAGAUGAGGAAGAGGAUGACGAGGAAGAUGACGAUGAAGAUGUUGAAGGUGGUGCCCUUGUAGCCGACAACGGCAGCGACGCCGAAGAAGACGAUGACGACGAGAGCGCCGACGAGGAAGAUGCGCCCGCCAUCGACCUAGCAGCGUUAGACGAAAGCAGCGACGACUCCUCCGUUGACUUCGAGGAGAAAAUAGAAAGGCCGAAGAAACCUAAACAGCAGCCGAAGGCAAACGAUACAGCUUCCGCACCCAAGACCAGCAAAAAGCCCGCUGAAGACGAGGACGAAGACGAGGAGGAAGAGGAUGAGGAAGAUGACGAGAUCGAUUGGACAGACCUACCCGAAGAGGAGAGAGAAGAUCUCGUCCCGCGCACACGGAUUAACAUCAACAACACAACCGGCCUCUUAGCCUCAUUAAAGCGCUUCGCGAUACCAACAGACGACAGCACGACCUUCGCUUCGCAUCAGAGUCUGGCAAGCAAGGAGCCCACAGCAGACGUGAUCGGCGAAGAUCUGAUGGAUGACAUCAAGCGGGAGCUCGCGUUCUACGCGCAAGCGCUCGACGCCGCGAAACGCGGCCGCGCCCUGCUCAAGGCCGAGGGCGUGCCCUUCUCGCGCCCCACCGACUACUUCGCCGAGAUGGUCAAGGACGACGGCCACAUGGAGAAGGUCAAGGCCAAGCUCGUUGAGGAGGCCUCCGCCAAGAAGGCUUCUGCCGAGGCCCGCAAGCUGCGCGACCUCAAGAAGUUCGGCAAGCAGGUCCAGGUCGCCAAGCUGCAGGAGCGGCAGAAGGAGAAGCGCGAGACGCUCGAGAAGAUCAAGACGCUCAAGCGGAAGCGAUCAGAAACCGGCGGCGGCGACCUCGGCACACGCGAGGCAGACCUCUUCGACGUAGGCGUCGAAAACGAGUUAAAAUCAUAUAACAACAACAACAACAACAACAAGGGCUCUUCUUCACAGCGCGGUGGGCCAGGCAUGAAGCGACAGAAGAAGAACGAGAAGUUCGGCUUCGGCGGCAAGAAGAAGUACUCCAAGUCCGGCGACGCCGAGAGCUCGGGCGAUCUCAGCGGCUUCAGCGCGAAGCGCAUGAAGGGCGGCGCCAAGGGCAAGACGCCCAAGACGGCGCGUCUGGGUAAGAGUAGGCGGAAGGCUGGUGCUGCGAAGCGGUAAUGAUGUUUUGUAAUUCUUGUUUGCUUCCAUGCGAGGGUGUCGAUGGGAAUUAGUAAAUAGAAGAAUCGAUGGCGUUUAAAAAUCUUGGGGACCUUUAGGGUUCUACUGCGAUAUGGACCCGGGAAGCAAGGGGUUAUUAUUGUGAGACUCGUCGAAAUCUCAGCAUUUGUAUCCAAGCAUAGUUCUCCGCAAAGAGAGUCAUACCAUAAUCAAAUGGCAACCUACAUCAAAGAGUCAUCAAGAAAAGCUAGUUAAAUCAA